UCUCUUCUUACUACCAUUAUGGCUCUCCUGGAUCGAAUAACGGACGGAAUUACAAGGGUCCUCCCCAAAUCAGAAUCACAGCGGAGUAAAAUACCUCCAGCAGCUUCGCUCGGUAUCGGGAAUGCAGGCGCUGGACAUGCACCUUUCGAGGAUGAUAUGAUCGUCUCGAAGCCUAUGAUCGUAUUCCACACGUCUCAAGCCUUCUUCAACUUCCUUGCCAUGUGUUGUUUUGCAAGUGUUGCAGCUUUCCAAGCCAAGUGGAACGUCGGGCCAUCUGGCCUCUCCGGCUUGGCCAUAUUCCUCUCGUUAACGGGAAUCUUUCUCCCUCUCUUCAUGUUACUCGUACCCGUCGCAUAUGAGCGAUAUGAUAAAGUCAUCCGUUUGGCGCGUGCCUUGAAAGAGGUUCGUGUAGGUUUUAUCUUGACUGGCACGGGAACGACUUUCGCACUACUCAUCGCGCAAGUAUUUAUAUUUUCGCUCUCACCACUACAAGACUCACUCAAACUAGCUUCGCGACUACCAUAUCUGCAUUCACCCAACCCGGCUGCAAAAAUGCAGAUAAAGACCCGCAUGCAGACAAAGGGGAUGCUUUCAAGCAGGGACUAUCUGGCUGCCUUCAUUUUCUGGGCUGCGUCGUUAACCCUUCUGGUGCUCGACUGGCGUUCCGGAAAACUGCAUUCUGGGCCACGUGAUCCUCCGUUCACCCACCCAACACAAGAAGCGACUGAUUACGAAAUGGACUACGACCCCGAUGACGAGGAAUACCAACACAUACCGCCAGCUCGCCGCACUGCUGCCUCCGACACUUAUGACAAUAAUAGCACCCCACCGAACCCAUUUUCUGACCAGAAUCGUUAUUCUGCUGGUCGCCCUAGCGUGGACGCGUAUGGGGCCUUUUCUGACCCAGCGCCAUCUGGUUUCUCCCCUGCCGUCCAACGCUUUGGAUCUACUCCUCCCGUUUUGCCACAACAAGAUCUUGGACCGUCAAUCGGUGUUUCUAGGACAAUGCAAUAUGCGGACCCUUACGCCGCCGUGAAGCAGUCCAUAGCUGGUGGUGGUGGAAACUCGUCAACCCCUUCACAAGGUUACGAUGGCUACCAAGGCUAUCGGUGA